CUGGGCGGCUGCGGGGUGAUGCCGAGCUGCUGCGGGUGGGACAGCGCUGCCGGGUUGGUUUCACCCCCAGAAGGUGCUGCGGUGUCCGAAUCGCGUUGCUUUGCCCCGAAAGGUGUUUCUUUUGCGUGCCCCGAAGGUGUUUCCUUGUCCUGCGUGCCCCCUCCCCACGGGUGGCUCACCUGGCCGCCAGCAUCCCGAGCGAAGUUGGGGAUGUGAGCGGCUGCUCCCGGUGCUGGGGGAUGUGGGUGGGCACCCACCCGGGGAGACGUCCCGGGGAGCCCCCUCUGGUCCCCGAGACCCCCAAAGUCUGCACCACACACUCCAAAGUGUCCGGGUGUGGAUCCGGAAACCGCUGUUCCACUUCGGGCCCUGCCUGUUUAACAGGGAGCGCUUCGUUUUGAUAUAAAAUGAUGGUAUCUGCAGUGUCCCGCCGUUCUAGGGCUUCACACCGCUGUUGUCCGGAGCUGUAAAAUCCUGAGGCAGCAGAAUCCCAAGAGGGAUUUAUUUAUUUAUUGUUGCUGGUCCAGCUGGAGGAGCGCUCAGUGCGCAUCCACCUCCCUGAGGAUGCUCAGGGAUGUCCUGGAUGGCUCCUGGCGACGUUCCCCGGCAGCAAAGCCUCUGUUAAAUACCCCAACUGUCCAGCGAGCACUGAGCAGAGAGGGUGAAAAAAGGUGAAUGUAAGAGAGUGUCACUUUCUCUUGAUGCUUGGCAAAGAAACUAAUUCGAAAAAAGAGGAAUUCAGGGAAAAUAGAGGGGAAAAAUCGUCUCGUUGCUAUUUUUUUGAAACCCUCACACACGUCCUGUCUGUUCCCCGCCCGGAAAACUGGGCAUGGAGGAGUUGCAGUCGGCAUGUGAGCCUUGCUCUGGAAAAGGGCUGCUGGAGCAAUUCCUGGUGUGGAAGCUGUGAAAUUUCACCCCGGCGAGAUGGAAAUGGGGAUUGUCCAGCCAGGAAAAUCCUGGCUGUGUCGAACUCGCCGUGCUUUGGGAUUUUAGGGCUGGGUCCUUACAGCCGCCCUUGUUGUGUGUAAUCGUGUUGGCUUAAGGGUUAUUUUGGGGCUGGAGAGGGAUUAGGGAUAGAUGUCAGGAACAGGCAGAGCCAUGCUGCAUGUGAAACUUAAAAAAUAAUGAAUGUUGAUUCUCUUUGCUGGCUCUUUGUCCUGGUGGGAAGGAGCCCAUACAGAUUUUUCUCCAUUAGAAAGUUACAUUGUACAUGGAGAAUGUUAAAUCCAGGGUGCUGGAGUCUCCUCAGGAUGCUCCAGCUGCCAGGAAAUUUAGAUUGCUGCUGAUUAGCAAGUACAAGUCAGAGUGGUGCUGCUUCUUAAAGAGCUUUUUUGGGGUUUGGAUCAGCCAGCCCCAUGCAGGAUAACAGCCUUCUCCCUUCUUUCCCCCUUACAAAUUGCCAGCUUACACUUGGCAGGUGUGGCCGGGGAAAAGCUGAGGUAAAUGGAUUUCCUGCCUCGCAUUUUGUCUGGCAUGUCCAUUUUCCUCAUCAGAUUGCUAUGGAAAAUGGUCCAUUAAUUCAUUAGCCAGCCUUUAUCCACCUGAGCAGUGAUGCAUCCUGACUCCUUAAAGCCUGUUAUUUUAACAUAUCCUCCUCUGCCAAGCUUGGAAACAUCUUCAUGCUGAUACCCCAGCAAUGUGGAACUGCAGAAUAUUUCUCUGUGAUUUAGGAGGUGCUUCUUCAGAGGCAAAUACAAGCUCUGCUUUGAUGGCAGAGUUAAUUUUAGAGUGGGUGUCUCUGUCAAGCUGUACUUUUUUUACUAAAUGAGCGUGUUCUGCUCGUUACACUUUUCCCUGCGAUGAAUUCGGCAAAGCACGGCUGGUGUUUGUCUUGGAAGGAAAAUGAGUCUUGGUCAGAUCAAUUGAUUUGGUGUCAGCUUGUAGAUUCAGAAUCUGCUGGCUCAAAAUUGAUGAUAAAGGGUUUGGUUUUUAGUAAGACAAUAAAUUGUUUGAUAAACCAGGAAGGUUAUAACGAGACACAGAACCAGCUGUGAAGGGAUAGCGCUUUGUUGUACUUUUACCCUUUAACUGUGUACCCAGGUGUAUUUGAUCUCAAGUAACUGCCUUAAAAUCACCAUGCCAAAAUCAGUGUAUUUAGGGGUGUUUUUUGUGGGUUUUUAACAUGUGGGUUGGGGCAGCUCACAGGUGCAAGUGCUGUUGUAGUUGGAGGUUAAAGAUGCAGGGAGCAGGUGGCUCCUUCACCCUGAUUUGUUUCAGAGGCACUUUGAUGCUCACAGGUGGUGGAAGUUAGGUCUGGGUGCCCUUUAACCAGACACACCUGGGGGGAAUAUUGUCCUUUGACUUGCUCUGUGAGUCUUCCCGAGGGUGAAGAUAAAAGGCAAUGGCUGCACCUUUGAAAUACUCCUGGUGCAGCUCAGGGCUUGUGUGGGAAGGUGGGGCUGGACCUGGAGGGGCACUUAGGGCUCCUCCUGAGAGCAGCUUUUCUACAAACACAGUGGGGUAGGAACAUGCUUUCCUUGGAGUCUGCAGUGCUGAUUUUAAAGUCCUUUUUCUUGAGAUGAUGUCCCCACAGAGGUUGUGCUCCAGUCCCUGAGAUGCUUUGCACCUUCACGCUGACAUUUGUGGGAUGGUUUGGGUUGGAAGGGACCUUAAAGCUCCUCCAGUUCCAACCCUUGAGAUGAAGAGAUAGGAUUCACCUGGCAGCCCCUUUCCUUCAUUAGGCUGCAGCUGCUGCUAAUUAGGCUCCAACGAGCUCGAACUCAAGGUAUUUGAGUCUUGUCCUGCACCCCAGCCAGUGCUGCUGGUGUGGGGAGGCGGUGAGUUCUGCUAGAGCUGCUGAGGGGUGAGUGGUGUUCACUUUCUCUAUUUAUUGCAGGGUGUUUGCUUGGGGCUCCCCAAAACCCUUGUUCUGGGCUGGGUGGGAGCUGAGCAGUCCCCUGUGCUCAGGAGGGGGCAGUGUCACACCAAGGAGCCCAUUCCUUAUCUGUGCUGAGGAGCACACGGAGCUGCCCCCUCCUCCAGGGGAGUGCUGCACCAGGGUGGGUUUAGGAGCCAGGCCCCUCAUCCCCCUCCCUUCUUCCCACACCAAAUAUUCUCCCUCCAGCUCUGCUCCUGGUGCUUAACAGCCCUUUGCAGGAACAUUGUGAGCAUGAUGCUGGGAAAAGGGAUUUAAAAGACUUUAUGGCAGUUGCUUUUGCCUGCCAGCCCCUCUAUAAACAGUGAUUAGAUACAGCUACUUUAAUGCAUGUCUUGACUUUAAAAAAAAAAAAAAAAAAGCUGCACAUUGGUGUUUGGCUUUGCUGCUCUUUCCUCUUUAGCAAACCACUGUGUUCUCCCCACUUCCUCCAGAAGUACCCACAGAUACUGGCAGGACAACUGCGUGAAUAUUUGGUGCAAUAUUCUGCCAUUGCUCAAUAGCCUGACAAACAACAAAGAACAACAAAAAAAAAGGUUUUAUUUUUUAUAUGCAAUUAAAUAUUUGUAGAAGAUUUCUGCCAAGGAGUGGUUUCAAGGUACAGAGUGUUCCCCUGAAGGGUGUUCAAACAAGGAGCUUCUGGGGUGGCAGUUGGGAAGUUUUUUAUGCCUGUGCCUCCACGCAUUCCAUGUUUCCACAUUUGGAAUCCAUUUCAGGUUGGGAUUGAGCUGUUUUUUUUUUUUUUCUCCUGGUCCUUGGACAGGAUUGGUCCUGAUGAUGAAAAAUGAAAAUGAAAACGUUUCCUUUUGGGACUAUUUUUUGUGGGUGUGACUCUUGAUCUGGUUUUAUUUCUUUUUUCUCCCUGCUGGAUGAAGGAUGAACUGGGGAUAGGAGAGGGGGAAAUUGCACCUUUCCUGGGGUGCUGCACAAAUCUGGGCACCAGCUCUGUUCCCAUCUGUGCAGAGCCCUGCUGGUGGUUAAUCUCUUUCUUGGAAAGAGCCUGGACUGGUUUUAGUGUGAUUCUUUAGUCAUGACAGACCUGAACCCUCCUGCCCUCCCUGCAUCUCUCUCUGUGUUGGAGCCACGCUUUCCAUGAGGAGCUUGGGGUCCAGGAUGCUGGAUUCUGGAGGUGAUGGACUGGCUCUCCCAGGAGCUGAUGGAUUAGUGGUGGCUGGCUCUAGAGGGGCUGGAAGGAGCAUGGUUAAACACCAACCCCUGCAGUACUACGAGCCCCAGCUAUGUCUGUCCUGUCUGACCGGGAUCUACGGCUGCCGCUGGAAACGGUACCAGCGGUCACAUGAUGACACCACCAAGUGGGAGCGUCUCUGGUUCCUCAUCCUCACCUCAUCCUUCUUCCUCACCCUGGUCUGGUUUUACUUCUGGUGGGAAGUUCACAAUGACUACAAUGAAAUCAACUGGUUUUUGUAUAACCGAAUGGGAUAUUGGAGUGACUGGUCCAUUCCAAUCCUUGUAACAACUGCUGCUGGCUUUACCUACAUUACAAUGUUACUGAUCCUGGCCCUGUGUCACAUAGCUGUGGGACAGCAGAUGAACCUGCACUGGCUGCACAAGAUUGGCCUGGUGACAACCUUGAUAACUACUGUGGUGACCAUGUCAUCGAUAGCACAGCUUUGGGAUGAUGAAUGGGAGAUGGUUUUUAUUUCACUGCAGGCCACAGCCCCUUUCUUGCAUAUAGGAGCCCUGGCAGCUGUCACAGCACUGUCGUGGUUGGUGGCAGGGCAGUUUGCACGGACGGAGAAAGCCACCUCCCAGAUGCUGAUGUUCACUGCAUACCUGGCAGUUGUAGUUGCACUUUACCUCGUGCCCCUGGCCAUCUCCUCCCCCUGCAUCAUGGAGAAGAAGGCCCUGGCACCCAAGCCAGCCAUCCUGGGGCACCGUGGCGCUCCCAUGCUGGCACCAGAGAACACUCUGAUGUCCUUCCAGAAGGCGGUGGAGCAGAAGGUGUAUGGAGUGCAGGCUGAUGUGGUACUGAGCUAUGAUGGGGUGCCCUUUCUGAUGCAUGACAAGACUCUCAGGAGAACAACCAACGUGGAGGAGGUGUUUCCAGAGCGGGCCUACGAGCACUGCUCCAUGUUCAACUGGACUGACCUGGAAAAGCUCAACGCUGGAGAGUGGUUCCUGCAGAAUGACCCUUUCUGGACAGCAGGGUCUCUCUCAAGGGCUGACUACUUGGAGGCUGCCAACCAGUCAGUCUGCAAGCUGGAAGAUAUGCUGGAGGUGAUCAAGGACAACACAUCCCUCAUCCUGAACUUCCAGGACCUGCCAGCAGCUCAUCCCUACUACAGCACUUACAUCAACAUCACCCUGGAAACCAUCCUGGCAUCGGGGAUUCGGCAGCAGGCUGUGAUGUGGCUGCCAGACAGAGAGAGGCAGCUGGUCAGGCAGGUAGCUCCUGGUUUCCAGCAGACUUCUGGCCUGAAGCUGGAUGCAGAGCGCCUGAGGGAGAAGGGCAUCGUGAAGCUCAACCUGCGCUACACCAAGGUCACCAACGAGGAUGUCAGGGACUACACCAUGGCCAACCUGAGUGUGAACCUGUACACGGUGAAUGAGCCCUGGCUGUUCUCCAUCCUCUGGUGCGCUGGCGUCCCCUCGGUCACCUCCGACAGCUCCCACCUCCUCCGCAAGGUGCCUUUCCCCAUCUGGCUCAUGCCUCCAGACGAGUACCACCUAAUCUGGAUCACGUCUGAUCUCAUUUCAUUUCUUGUAAUUGUAGGAGUUUUUAUAUUCCAGAACUAUCACAUGAUCAGGUGGCGCCUGGGAAGCAUCAGGACCUACAACCCGGAGCAGAUCAUGCUCAGCGCGGCCGUCCGCCGCUCCAGCCAGGACGUCAAGAUCAUGAAGGAGAAGCUGAUCUUCUCAGAGAUCAACAACGGCGUGGAGAGCACGGACGAGCUGUCCUUCUGCUCCGAGAACGGCUUUGCCAACGAGAUGGUGACGCCCACGGACACCAAGCUGCGCAUCAACUGAGGGCUGUGCCGCGCUCCCGCAGCGAGAGCCGUGCUCUCCUGCCUCCCUCCCCUGGGGUGGGGACCUCUGAGGAACUGCUGCUCGGGCAGAAACCUGCUCCCACUCCCCACCACUGGCUGCUCCACCUCCCUGGUUGUGAGGCUGGGGGGCUUGUUUUUUGUAAAUAUGUAGAAAUCUGAAUUUUUUUGUCUUUUUCUUUUUUUUUUUUUUUGAGUGUAAUUUUUCCAGGGCAUGACUGGAAAUACCGUGUUCAUUAAAUCCUCAACCUUAUGGCUGAAGUUCUUUGAAUCUUGAUGUGAGAGCCUGAGUCCACUUGGGGGGUUUUGGGAGCAACAUGUUGGACCUGUGUCCCAUUUCUCCCCCCUUCCCUAAUCCAGUCCUAACCCUGGUGCAGCGACUGUGUAGCUGAAUGUUGUGAUGUUCUUGUGAAGUGUUGAUUUUGUUAUGGUUUCUUUCGUUUUUCCCCUGUUCCCCUUUUCCUGGGCAAUGAAAUUGUAGCUCUGAUGCAACAGGAGGCUGUUGGGAGAAGAGAAGCUUGCCUAGGAGAGGAAUUCUCGCUGCUCUUCCCUGCUGAGGUUCAGAGCCAGGGGAGGGCUUGCACUGGCUCAGUCACUUGGGCACCUGCUCCUUGUCCCAUCCUCCUUCCCCAAAGCCUGGAUGCUCGAUGGGGAAUGGCCUUCUUGGAAUGUCCUGCCAGAGUUUUGAAGGCAAAUCCUGAGCAUCGGCUGUAGAUUGGUCUCUGCUGGCAGUAGUUCUUGAUUUCUAUGUUUUUUUUCUUUUUUUUUCCUCUUUUCUCCCCAGGCUGGGCUCUGCUGGGAGCCCCCAGUGGCUUGUGACAGGCAAUGCCAUGGGCACCAUCACUGCUGGGAUCUGGCUGAAGUGCCUGCCACUCCAAGUGGCCUUUGCAGUCACUCCUUGCUUCCCUUCUGGAAGAGGAGGUGGUGGUGCAGUGGGAGCUUCCCCCUCUCUGGGCUGAGGAGAUGCCCGUGGGUGAAGAAGUUGUAAAUAGUCUGGAAAGCCCCGGGAUAUAAUUUAUUCCUGCAAGGAGACCUUUGCUCCUUGCUGUAAAAGCAGGAUCUUUAAAGCUGCACAUUCGUGUCCUCCAAAGGAGUGAUGGUCUUGCAGCAGAUGCUGAUGGGUUCUGAAGGCAGAGGCUCCCGUCAGCAAGUUUCCAAUGCAAAAAGCUUUAACCCAAAAUCUUAGACCAGAGGUUAAAAUUAAAAAAAAAAAAAGGUAAAAAAAAAAAAAAAAUAGAGGAGAAGGCAGUCUUGGGGAUGCUGAUAUACAUCCUAUUCCACACCCAAAGCCACGAGAGAAACAGCCCUGAGCAGUUUCUUCUUGUUUUGGAACUGCUCUGUCCUUUUAAGUUGAAAUCUAGUGGCAUUUUGAAGCCCUGAAGUUUGGGCUUAGUGUCUAAGAGUUGGGGGCAAAAGUGGCUGAUUUACAAUGUGAAAAAAAAAUGUUGAUAAUGACAAUGUGAAUUUUGAUGCUUUAAAAAAGAACCACCCAAAAUCAAUUGCAUCUCCCCCAGGUUUUUAUGAGUGUAAGUGGAAUAAGCCCCUCCUCUUACCUUCCCCAAAUACUGUCCUUCUCCAUGGUACUCUCAAGUCCAUGAAAUGCAGCGUGUCUUGUUCUGCUGAACUGCAAGAUUUUGGUGGAUUUGAAGGUAUUUUGAGAACUAGGUUUCUUCUCCCUUUGAUGUGGUGCUGUAUUGAACCAUUCCUGGUGGAUUGUCAUUGCCAAGUGAGAGAUGUUGUUAAACCUCAGCAUCAGUUGGUGAUCACCUGCAUGUUCUGUUUCUAUCCUUGGAGAUGACUUUAUUGAAAGGUUAAGUGCUUAAAACCUUGGAAGUGAUAAAAGCAAACCAACAAAGAGUUGUUUUCACAAUUAACUUUUUUUUUUUUAACAAGACCCAAAUUUCAUGCAUAAUGCACUGACUGUUAUUGUCCUGAAUAUUUGCUACCUUUUUUUUUUUUUUUGGAAAAAAAGCAGAGGAUGAUACUUUUUUGAUGAAACUAGAGCUAGAUCAAAAUUAACUCUGCAAUGCUCUGUGAAAUAAACUGUCAGUAUUCCCCUG